AUGGCCGAACAGCCGCCCGCCGCGAACACAGACUCAGCACCCCCUGAACGCAAUAUUCAGCGAACCGAGGACACCCUUCCGGUGUUAGAAGUCGAGGAAGAGGAGGAGGAUCCCUCACUGACAGAUUCCGCGCUCGGCAGCACCGGUAGCCCAAGCUACGCCACGUCCCUUCUCUCCGAGGUGAAGAACUACAAGUACGAGAACGGCCGUCGAUACCACUCCUACCGCGAAGGGCAGUGUGUGCUGCCAAACGACGAACAAGAACAAGACCGCGAGGACUUAUUACACCACGUUCGCAACCUGCAUUUCAGUGGAGAUCUCUUCCACGCCCCGAUCCCAGAGGAUGUCGAGCACGUUUUCGACAUUGGCACCGGCACAGGUAUCUGGGCCAUCGACUUCGCAGACACAUACCCCAACGCCCGAGUAAUCGGUACCGACCUCAGCCCCAUCCAACCCGCCUGGGUCCCUCCGAACCUCGAAUUCUUCGUCGACGACGUCGAAGCCCAAUGGACCUUCAAACGAAACUACUUCGACUUCAUCCGCGCAUGCGACCUUGGCGGUUCGAUCGCCGACUGGCCGAAACUGUUGCGUCAAGCCUAUGCGCAUAUGCAGCCCGGCGGAUGGCUGGAACUGUCCGACUUUGAGAUGGAGCAUUUCUCCGACGACGAUACACUUCACCUGGCGCCCUCACUGGGCGAGUUCUUCCGAUUGCUGAUUGACGCGAGCACGAAGUUUAACCGACCGAUGAAUGUGGCGGCAGAACAUCAGAAAAAGAUGAUAGACGCGGGGUUUACGGAUGUCAAGGAGAAGAUUUACAAAUUCCCAAUGGGUCCCUGGGCCAAAGAAAAGCGAUUGAAAGAAGCCGGUCGGUUCCAUCGCGAGGUCAUGAUUAUGAGUCUCGAGUCUUAUGCUCUUGCACUCUGCACUAGGGUCCUCGGCUGGUCUCCAGUGGAGGUGGCGGUUUUCCUGGCUUCUGUGCGAAAGGAACUGAGGGAUCCAAGGGUACAUAUCUAUGGCAAAUUCCAUGUUGUGUGGGGAAGGAGACCGACUGAGUAG